AUGUCUCAUCUUGAUGGAUUUUAUAUCAUGAUAGUAUGUAAGUACUUAAAUACAUUUUCUGAUCUCGUUAACAUUGAAAUGGUUUGCACCAAAUAUCAAAACACAAUUGCGAAAUUUCACUUUAACCCAAUUCCACUCGUUGAAAACACACUGAAAUAUUUCACUCAUCUUGAAACAUUUCAUUUAUAUUCAAAAGACGAUUAUACUUUCCCCAAUUUAUCAUUUUACGCCCGUAUUAAUCAUUUCUUUACUUUUAAUGUUGUCACACUUACAGGUAGAUACUAUAAUAUCACUUUAAAUAAAAAUGCAACAGUUUUAGAUGUAAAAACAGAAAUAGAAAUUUUAGAUGGACAACCAUCUCUUUCUCAAACAAUGUUUUUCAAAGGGAAAUAUAUUCAAAACGAACAAAAAUUAUAUGAAAUUGGGAUAUUUGAUGGGUGUAAAAUUUAUCUUGUUUUAUUAUUAAAAAAGUUUGAACGAUAA